CGGGCCGGGAGCGGUGCGGGGCAAUGCGCGGGGCAAUGCGCGGACACCGCCGGCCCUAGGGACGGCUCCCCCGAGUGUCGCCAUGAGCGGCCCCUCCAGCCCGAGCUCCCCGGGCCCCGGGGAGAGCCCUUCCGGGCAGCCCCUCGGGUUGGACCUGCUGCGCUGCCCCUGCUGCCGCCUGCUCCUCUGGGAGCCGGUGACCGCGUCCUGCGGUCACUCCUUCUGCAAGCCGUGCCUCGGCGGGGCCGGGCCGUCCCGCUGCCCGCUGUGCCAGGAGCGGCUGGAGCUGCUGGGCGUCGGGGCGGUGAGGUGCAGCGUGGUGCUGUGCGGGAUCGUGGAGCGAUGCGUGCCGCGGGAGCGGCGGCUGGCCGGGCUGGCGGAGCGCGUCCGGGAGCGCCUCGCCCGCGGGGACGCGCGGGAGGCGCUGAGGAUGGCGCAGAGAGGGGUCGAGCUGGCCCUGGACUCCAGCUCCCUGCGGCUGUGCCGGGCAGAGGCCUUGCUGGCCCUGGGGCAGUAUCCACAGGCACUGGAGGACCUGGAUGCCGUGUGCAGGGCUGAGCCUGGAGAGCACGAGGCCUUCUUCAGGAAAGGGAAGGUGCUCCUGGAGAUGGGGCAGAGAGCCGAAGCCCUGCUGGCGUGGGAACACUGCCUGACGCUCAGUCCCCAUUUCCAGCCAGUUCGGAGGGAGAUGGAGAAGAUUGUCAUGGAAGCCAAUGCUCCUCAGCCAUGCACGGCUGCACAGCUGGGUGAUGCUCACCUGAGCUCAGCUGGUUCCCAGGUUGAUGGAGGGAGCCCAGUGCUCCCAUCUUCCACACAAGCUCAGGAUCAGGAGGGAGAGCUGGCAGAUGGCCGAGGGGAUGUUGGGUCUGAGCACAGCCAGGGCACAGCCACCCUUUCCCAGCCGGGACAACGGCAAGAACCGGAGACUUCGGCAGAGAGUCAGGGCCGGUGGUUGUUGGAUAAAGAGGAAGAAACAACAGCAGCAAAGUGUACCCAGCCAUGCCUCAGGGAGUCACUGAGCAUAUCUGACUUGGAGUGCUCCCUCUGCAUACGGAUGUUUUUCGAGCCGGUGACGACGCCCUGUGGUCACACCUUCUGCAAAGAGUGCCUCGAACGCUGCCUGGACCACCGGCCCAACUGCCCCCUCUGCAAACAGAGCCUGAGAGAGUACCUGAAGGCUGGGAGGUACAGCCCCACGGUGCUGCUGCAGGACAUCAUGCUGGCCACCUUCCCCACACAGCUGGCUGAGCGCCGGGAGCUGCACCGGGCAGAGAUGGCAGAGCUCUCCAACCUGACCAAGAACAUCCCCAUCUUUGUGUGCACAAUGUCCUUCCCUGGCAUCCCCUGCCCUCUGCACAUCUUCGAGCCUCGGUACCGCCUGAUGAUCCGGCGGUGCCAGGAGAGCGGCACCAGGAGGUUUGGCAUGUGCAUAUUUGAGAAUGGGAAAAGCUUUGCUGACUAUGGCUGCAUGCUGGAGAUCCGUCAGGUGGAGCUGCUGGCGGACGGGCGCUCCUUGGUGGACACCAUCGGCCGGCAGCGGUUCCGGGUGCUGAGCCGCGGGCACAGGGACGGCUACCACACCGCUGACAUCGAGUACCUGGAGGACAGGAAGGUGUCCGGGGAGGAGCUGCAGGAGCUGCAGUGCCUGCAUGAGAGCACCUAUCGCCUGGCCCAGCGGUUCUGUGAGCACGGAGACCUCACCUCCAGGCACAUUCUGAUGCAGCAUGGACCGCUGCCAGAGAAGGAAGAGGACAUCCAGGCUUCAGCAGACGGCCCGACGUGGUGCUGGUGGCUCAUCUCCAUCCUGCCCCUGGACCCGUCCUACCAGCUGAACCUGUUCUCCUGCACAUCGCUGCGCGCCCGCCUGUCGCAGCUGCAGCACAUCCUCACGGCCCUGCUGCAGCAGCCCCCUCCCCGCCACCUCCUGCCCGAGCGCAGCCCCCGGGGCCGCGUCUGAGCCCGCCCUGCCCUCCCUCGGGCUCGCCUCCACCCUCGGCUUUCUCUGUGUGUUGCUACCACGGUUUGUGUGUAGUUUGAGCCGCCCCAAGCCCCAGAAACGUGACCUCAGCGAUGAGCUGGGCGCGCUGUGCCCGGCUGUGCCGUCCGUGCCACCUCCGCGAGCUGCCUGGUGCCACUGCUGUGCCACCAAAGGGGACAGUGGCACGCAGAGCUGGCUUGUGUCUCCAGAGCCAAAAUCGCUUGCGGAGUGGCUUCUGUGCUGAGGAGGGUUCUCUUUAGGGAGAGGACUGAGUGCAGGGAUUGCUUCCGUUUUGGUUCUUCCACUUUGAAGGAUAAUUUAGUAGAUAAUUUGGUAGAUGAUCCUGAUUCAUGCAGGAAAUUUAGAAGCUGGGGAGAGGUGGCACUGGGGAAGCAGAGAAAUUCCAGUGGUGUCCCCCAGCCUUGGGAGCUGACUGUUCUGCCACUGCUUACAGCUUUGACUUAGUUUUGUGUUUGAACAAGAGGAAAGGUUAAAUUAAACAAUCUGAAACUCCUGGUCUUGCUCCUAACCACCUCCAUGGCCACGUGGUGAGGAGAUGGUUCUCUUUGAAUGCUCUCAGGUCCAGACAUCCCCUGGACACUGCCACCAGUCACUCCCCUCACUGCAAGCUCCAGUGCUCUGAGGGGACGUGGGAGAGGGGAUUUCGUCAGCUUUGGUGCUUUUCCCCCUACUGUUGCUGACCCUGCCUGGGUUCAGAUUAAAGGGUCGGAUCUGGGGGCUGGGAGGAGCUGACAGCACAGGGAAGUUUAAUCUGGAAGUUUUGUUGUGUGACUUUCUGCUCCUUGACUAAUGUAAUUUCCCCCUGUUGUGUGUUUCUUGUGGACUUUCUGCCUUCUCAGGAGAAAUCAGGAUCUCGGCUGGGCCCUUGCACUUGGGACCCAGAAUAGUUCAGGAUCCCCAAAAAAGCACAGUGAAGUCAAAGGGAUGCAGGGGGAGCCAGUGCUUGUCUCUAGACACAGGGCAAAGACUCUCUGGAAAGACCAGGCCUCCAUGGAAAUCCUGAAGAUUUGGGGUUUUUGUCUUUCAUCCAUAAUUUCAGUGGCUUUGGGUUCAAUUCUAGGAGUGACAUCCACUUAGUUAUUGGAUUAACAUUGCUUCUGGAAUUUUAUCCCUGCAUUUCCCAAAGGCACCACACCCCCUCAGAGAGCUGUUGGAUGUGUGUGGGGGAGAUAAAAUCAGGGCAGUGAUCCUUACUGCAGGUAUUGCUGGGCUGAGCCUGGGGUGGGAGACUGGGUAUAGCUCCAGAGAGGUCCCUGCUCAGGGCCACCACCUUUCCCUGUCCUUGUGUCUCCAGGAGUGAGAAGUCCCUGUCCCUCCUGUCCAUCAAAGUGCCUCCCUGGAGCGACAGUCAGGAACUGAGGGCUUGCUCCCCAGGAACCUCUGUGAGCACAGGGCAGCUCAGAGCUGGAUUUGCUGCUUGACCUUUGAGCUGUGGUGCUGGCCCAGGAGCACCACAACUCCCAAGGAGCCACAUCCCUGGGAUGUCACACUGGCAUGGGCUGGGGUAGGUGAUGAAGGGAUGCUUUGCAGUCCCAGGGCAGGAUGACACUAAAGUUCAGGAAGUGCCUUUCUUUUCCCCAGGGCCAGUGUGGGCUCACCCAGUGACAUCCCCACCCCAGGCCACUCACCUACCUCCUGAGCUGCCAUUUCCUCAGGGUUGAGAGGUCCCUGUGGGUCCCUCCAGUAAGGGGUUGGCAUGGGGGGCGUGCAGGGAGAAGUGUGGCUCUGCACCCUGUCACACUGGGGAGGAGCCAGGGACCAGAGCCACCUCAGCCCAGCUGCUUUGGGAAGGGAUCUGUGCAAAUCGCUCCAGUUUGCUUGGAGCACCUUUGUGGUUUUUAUUACUAUCUUUGCUCUUGGAAUUACAUUUUCUUUCAGGUCAUUGAAAUAAAGA